AUGAUAGACACAUUUAUCUACUGGAAUUUUAGGGGGAGUAAAGGAAAUGCAAACAUUUUAAGAUUAUCUUUGCCGUGCAGUUAUAAUACAAUUAAGAAAAAGAUUUUAGAUGUGACGAAUUUAAACUUGCAAAACAGCUUAGAUAUACUAUUGUAUCACAAUAAUAAAAUAUUAAGUGAAUAUGAAAGUAUACAAAAUGGAAUGGUGAUAGAAAUACAGCGAAGUAGUAUAGAUGCUGUGAAAAAUUUAUUACACGAAAGUAAUCAUUCCUAUUUGGAAAGAAAUAAAAAUGUGCAAGAUACAAAUAAUACCAACUCCAAUGGGAAACCAAGCCAAAUUCACAAUAACAAGACAUCCAUCGCUACCACUAUUGGAAGCACUUAUGAUAAUAAUUCCAUUCUCAGCAGCAGUAGUAGCAACAAUCACUAUGAUAAACACAACAACAAUAGCAUUGGUAGUAACGGAAAUACAAUAAGCAUAAGUGCAAUUGAUAGUAAGCCAUAUAAGAAUGAAUUCAAUAGAUUACCUAAAGUGAGUAGAACAUCCAACUACCCAUAUAAUAAUAAACAACCAUGGAAUGUAUACAAUAGAAAUAACGUAAUAAUGAAAGAAGAUAAUGAAGAAGACGAAGAUAUGAAAAUUCAAUCAGUAAUGGAACAGAAUAAUGUGUAUUAUAAUCGACGCCCUGAGUAUACUAAAUCAAAAAUGAUAAAUUAUUACAAAAAAGAUAAAAAUAAUAAUAAUAAUAAUAUUGGUCAAUUUUCUCCAAAUAAUAAAUUUAAAAAAAUAUCUUCGUCAUCCAUUUCGAAGAAUAUAAAUUCCUACAAUUCUGUAUCUUCAUCUAGAGGAGGAGAAGAAAUAACUUUUCCAAAUGGCAUGAUAUCAACAAACAAUAAAUUCCACAUGGGAAAUCAAAGUAGUAAAUAUUACAAAAUGAAAAAUGGUUUACAAAAUGGUGGAUAUCCCAAUACUACCAUGAUUAAUAAUACAUAUUAUAACAGUUAUAAUAAUUCUAAAAAUGUACAAAAAACUAAUAACAAUAUGAACAGUGAGGAUAUAAAUACAAAAAUAGUGCCUCCUGAUUAUAUCUGUCAUAUGUGUGGAAAAAAGGGACACAGCAUAAAAAAUUGUACUAUGAGUUCUUUUAAUAAUAAUAAAAAGAUAAAAGUGCCCACAGGUAUCCCAACAAAUUUUUUAACAAAAAUUAAACCAGAGGAUAUUAAUAAAUAUGAUCAAAUUUAUAUACUGAAGGAUGGAAGUUAUGGAGUUCUGAAAGAUGUUGAAGAUGUUAGUGGUAGUGCUUAUUUAUAUCGAAGCGUAGAUGACAAGCUUAAUAUCUACUUAGGUGUCAAUGACUUGGGGAAUACAAACGCUGCUAAUAAUCGAACUUCUUGCAAAACCUCUGACAGAACUAUGAACCUAAAUGACAAUCUUUCUCGUGGGAAUAAUAAUAACUCUUCUUCUGAAGGAACUGAAGGAGUGGAUAAAAUCUCCAACAUUUACAAAUGUCUUUUAUGCAAAAAACUGUACUCUUCCCCAAUAACCCUUCACUGUUGUAGUGAAACAUAUUGCAAAGGAUGUUUAUUCAGAUAUAACAGAAAAAGAAAAAACGAUUAUUCAUCUUUACAAUGUUCUUUAUCUGGAGAUCAAAAUAAUGGGGAAGGCAAAUCCCAAAUGAUGAAAUGUCCAAACUGUCAAAAAUCUAUAAGUUCAGAUGAAUUAGUCAUUAACACUAAUAUUAAAAAUGUAAUUGAUACCAUUCUUAGAAAUCAAAAAAUUCAUGGCACAAAUAAGAAAGCGGAAGAAGUAGAUAACAAAUUCGUAAGGGUAGGAGGAGGAGGAGAAGAAGAAGAAGAAGAAGAAGAAGAAGAAGAAGAAAAAAACGAUUUGUCUUCUAACCAAUCCAGUAUUGUUCCAUUGUCAGUAAUUCAUAAUCAAAAGAAAUUCUCAGCUGCGUCAUGUAGUGGGAAGAAAGUUAGUUCUACUGGUAUGACCUCUUCCAAUGGGAUAUCAUCUAAGAUUACUGCCACAAGCAUGUCAAAUAUUCUAAGUUACAAGAAUCAAAGUUCCAAUAACGAACCAAUUGAUAAUUCUACUAACCACAAUGAAUCAUCAAUAUCCCCUCAAAAUGGAAAGUUAUAUUCUAGAAAACCAUUUCCAAAUAAUUAUCCAACACGUAAUGAAUUUCUUUCUAAUAACAGUAAAGCAACAGAACAACAAAAUUCAGUCAGUCGUGGAAGUAUGUACAACUUAAACGACGAAAUUUUUCAAGAAAAUAUUUUUAACCCUCUAAUUAAUUUUCCUAUAAAUUUUCUAGAAUUAAAAAGGCAGCAUGAUUUUGCAGCGGCUUACAUAGCACAGUAUAGAAUGAAACAGAAAAAAAAACGGAAGAAAAAUAUAGACCUUAGUAGGCUUAUUGGGAGGGCGGGAAACCCACCACGUGUGCUGACACUUCAGUAG